GUCAAUGAAGUGACAAAAAAAUUGAUAGAGCCAUGUACCGCGGAAGCUUACGUUUUGGUGAAUCAUCCAGGUUUGACAUUGGAAGAUUUACAAGAUCCAAGUCUAUUCAAGUUUUUAAGAACCUAUAUGCUGAUGAGCUCUACUUUAGGUGCCAUUCCAAGAGCUGAAACUGGUGUUGAUUUUGAUAAACUAGAAUCAUUUGCUUCUAGCAGAUGUCAUACUCAAACAAUGCUGGUUGAUGGACUAGAUGAAGUUGAGACAUACAUUGAUAGCAAAAAAAGACUAAUAAGAAUCAACUUUCCUAAACUUCCAGAAGAGCCAGAACUAAGAAGGGAAGCUUUAUUGGCUGCAGAUGAAGCAUUGAGACAUACAUUAAGAAAACUCCCUUCGCCGCAUCAUGCUUUAAUAUACACUUCGCUUGAUAAUGGUCCUUUGAAUAAGCAAAGAGAGAAGAAAAUGGAAAAGAUGGAUAUAUUUCCAGAUAUUACAAGAGAACCAUCAAGAAACUAUGAAGUCGAGAGAAACAUCAACACUAGAAAAGAGGAACCAUAUUUCCAUCCAAAAAGAACAGGACUUUUGGAUAAGAGUAUAUGGGAAGCACCAAAGUUUUUGGAUGCUGAAUUUUUGAUUGAGAAUGAACUUUUGGUGAUCGGAAUUGUGCUUAUAACCGUUGGCUUGAUCGUUACUCAAUUGUUGAAAAUGACCAUAUUCUUGAUCAAAAGAUCUCUCAGAAAGAGCAAAAGUAAAAAGGAGAAG